AUGUUGCAAAUACUGAACAUUGGCAGAAAACUUUAUGAGGGUAAAACAAAAGAAGUCUAUGAAUUGUUAGGUAAUCCAGGAAAAGUUCUCCUGCAAUCCAAGGACCAGAUUACAGCAGGAAAUGCAGCUAGAAAGAAUCACCUGGAAGGAAAGGCUGCAAUCUCCAAUAAAAUUACCAGCUGUAUUUUUCAGUUGUUACAGGAAGCAGGUAUCAAAACUGCUUUCAGCGGAAAAUAUGGAGAGACAGCUUUCAUUGCACCGCAGUGUGAAAUGAUUCCAAUUGAAUGGGUUUGCAGAAGAAUAGCAACUGGUUCUUUCCUCAAAAGAAACCCCGGUGUCAAGGAAGGAUAUAAGUUUUACCCACCCAAAGUGGAAAUGUUUUUCAAGGAUGAUGCCAAUAAUGACCCACAGUGGUCUGAAGAACAACUGAUUGCUGCAAAAUUUUGCUUUGCUGGACUUGUCAUAGGCCAAACUGAAGUAGAUAUCAUGAGUCAUGCUACACAAGCUAUUUUUGAAAUACUGGAAAGAUCCUGGUUGCCCCAGAACUGUACACUGGUUGAUAUGAAGAUUGAAUUUGGUGUUGAUGUAACCACCAAAGAAAUUGUUCUUGCUGAUGUUAUUGAUAAUGAUUCCUGGAGACUGUGGCCAUCAGGCGAUCGGAGCCAGCAGAAGGACAAACAGUCUUACCGUGACCUCAAAGAAGUAACUCCUGAAGGGCUCCAGAUGGUAAAGAAAAACUUUGAGUGGGUUGCAGAGAGAGUAGAGUUGCUUCUGAAAUCAGAAAGUCCAUGCAGAGUUGUAGUAUUGAUGGGCUCAACUUCUGAUCUUGGUCACUGUGAAAAAAUCAAGAAAGCUUGUGGAAAUUUUGGAAUUCCAUGUGAACUUCGGGUAACAUCUGCCCAUAAAGGACCAGAUGAAACUCUGAGGAUUAAAGCAGAGUAUGAAGGGGAUGGCAUUCCUACUGUAUUUGUGGCAGUGGCAGGCAGAAGCAAUGGUUUGGGCCCAGUGUUGUCUGGUAACACUGCAUAUCCAGUUAUCAGCUGUCCUCCCCUCACACCAGACUGGGGAGCUCAGGAUAUAUGGUCAUCUCUUCGACUACCAAGUGGUCUUGGCUGUUCCACCAUACUUUCUCCAGAAGGAUCAGCUCAGUUUGCUGCUCAGAUAUUUGGGCUGAAGAACCAUUUGGUAUGGGCCAAACUGCGAGCGAGCUUAUUGAACACGUGGAUUUCAUUGAAGCAGGCUGACAAGAAAAUCAGAGAAUGUAAUUUAUAAGAAAAAAUGUCAUUUCAAUUUUUUAAGCAAAGAACAAAUCUCUAGGUUAGUAGCAGAAAAAGCCUAAGUAGGAUACAAAGAUAAUUUUAAAUCAGAGAAAACAAAUUUAUUGGUAAAU